GGCAGCAGCCUCACGCUGAUCGCUCAGUCUUUAACCAAGGCCGGAUCUGUACGCUAACGGCAGCACGCUAGACUUUGAAACCUUAAUGGAAGAUGCACGCAGCCUUCUGAGAGGAAGAGUCUGGCGCUGAGGUGUCGCUGAUGAUCUAGUGCUCAGGGGGAGGUUGUGGUGACAGCGGUUUGUUCAGGACAUGCAUAAAGGAUCCUUGGUAUGUUCCUGUACAAAGCCCUUAAACACAGAGAUGAAGAGGAGGACAUCCAGUCCCAGAAACCCUGGAUAGAAAGCACUUUCACCAAGAGGGAAUGUGUGUACAUACUUCCAGUGUCAAAGGACCCCCACAGAUGCCUUCCAGGAUGCCAGAUCUGCCAGCAGCUAGUGCGGUGCUGCUGCGGCCGGCUGGUGCGCCAACAUGCCGGCUUCACUGCAAGCUUGGCCACAAAGUACUCCGAUGUGAAGUUGGGUGAAAACUCCAACCUGCCCGAUCCAGAGGAGUGGUCGGUGGAAAAACACACAGAAGCGAGUCCAACUGAUGCCUAUGGUGUCAUCAACUUCCAGGGAGGGUCUCACUCUUACAGAGCCAAGUAUGUGCGUUUGGCUCACGACACGCGGCCGGAGAGCAUCCUACGGCUGAUGCUAAAGGAGUGGCAUAUGGAGCUCCCCAAGAUCCUCAUCUCUGUCCACGGAGGAGUUCAGAACUUUGAGCUGCACCCUCGCAUUAAACAGGUGGUGGGAAAGGGUCUCAUCAAAGCUGCAGUCACCACUGGGGCCUGGAUCCUCACCGGAGGCGUCAACACAGGUGUGGCAAAGCAUGUUGGGGAUGCGCUAAAGGAACACUGCUCAAGAUCAUCAAAGAGAAUCUACACAAUUGGUGUCGCCCCGUGGGGAGUGAUUGAAAACAGGAGCGAUCUCAUUGGCAGAGACAUUAUUGUUCCGUAUCAGACCCUGCUGAAUCCUCUUAGUAAGCUGAACGUUCUGAAUAAUCUUCACUCCCAUUUCCUCCUGGUGGAUGAUGGGACUGUGGGCAGAUAUGGAGCGGAGGUCAAACUGAGGCGGGAGCUGGAGAAACAUGUUAACCUGCAAAGAAUACACGCACGAAUCGGUCAGGGUGUUCCUGUUGUAGCGCUGAUCUUUGAGGGCGGUCCAAACGUGAUCCUGACGGUGUUGGAGUACCUUCAGGAGAGCCCUCCCGUCCCUGUGGUGGUGUGUGAAGGGACCGGCCGAGCUGCUGACAUAUUGGCCUACGUCCACAAGCAAACAGAGGAGGGGGGCGGCCUUCCUGAUGGGGUGGAGACGGACAUCAUUGCAACCAUCAAGAAAACGUUUAACUUCAGCCAGGGGGAAGCCAUCCAUCUCUUUCAGAAACUGAUGGAGUGCAUGAAGAGCAAAGAACUGAUCACAGUGUUUCACAUCAGCUCAGAGGAACACCAGGACAUUGAUGUAGCUAUUCUGAGGGCCUUGCUCCAAGGCACUAAUGCAUCUGCCUUCGAUCAGCUUGUCCUGACUCUGGCCUGGGACCGUGUAGACAUCGCCAAGAACCACGUGUUUGUGUACGGGCAGCAGCUUCUGGUGAGCUCUUUAGAACAAGCCAUGCUGGAUGCUCUCAUCAUGGACCGGGUGGAUUUUGUAAAGCUGCUCAUAGAAAAUGGUGUUAGCAUGCACCGUUUCCUGACAAUCAGUCGCCUAGAGGAGCUCUACAACACGAAACAACCUCCCAACAACCCAACUCUGCUCCACCUAGUUAGAGAUGUUAAACAGAGUAACCUCCCCCCAAACUAUAAAAUUACUUUGAUCGACAUUGGCCUGGUCAUUGAGUUCCUGAUGGGUGGCACUUACAGGUGCAACUACACCAGGAAGCGCUUCCGAAUCAUUUACCACAAUCUUCAUGGUGACAGCCGGAGGUCUGGGCGAUAUGGUGCAGGUCCUGGCUCUCAUCUGAGAAAAAGUCAUGAGACUUUCAGCAUGCAGGCUGACAAGAAGGAGAAGACGAGACACAAUCAGUUCAUCAAGACCGCACAGCCCUACAAACCCAAGCUGCAGACUACCGCUGAGCAGAACAAGAAAAGAAACAAAGAGGAGAUAGUGGAUAUCGACGACCCAGAGACGCGCCGCUUCUCCUACCCUUUCAAUGAGCUCUUAGUUUGGGCUGUACUGAUGAAGAGGCAGAAAAUGUCUCUCUUCUUCUGGCAGCAUGGGGAGGAGAACAUGGCCAAGGCGCUCGUAGCUUGUAAACUCUGCCGCUCGAUGAGCUACGAGGCCAAAAAGAGCGACGUGGUGGACGACACUUCAGAGGAGCUUAAAGAGUACUCAAAUGAGUUUGGGACGCUUGCAGUGGACCUGUUGGAGCAGUCCUUCAGGCAGGAUGAGACCAUGGCCAUGAAGCUGCUGACUUAUGAGCUGAAGAACUGGAGUAACUCCACCUGUUUGAAGCUGGCCGUCUCCUCCCAUCUGCGGCCUUUUGUCGCUCACACCUGCACCCAGAUGCUGCUGUCAGACAUGUGGAUGGGUCGGCUGAACAUGCGCAAGAACUCCUGGUACAAGGUGAUUCUGAGUAUCUUGGUGCCUCCUGCCAUAUUGCUUUUGGAGUACAAAUCCAAAGCUGAGAUGGCUCACAUCCCUCAGAGUCAAGACGACCACCAAAUGACCAUGGAGGACAGCGAACACAACUUUCAGAACAUGGCUGACGACAUUCCAAUGGACGUCUUAAAGGAAACCAGAACUCACGAACAUUUGGAGGUGAAAAACGACAUGGAGACACAAGUCCGCUCCAGAAAACUGCCUUUAACGAGGAAGAUCUACGCCUUCUACCACGCUCCUAUUGUCAAGUUCUGGUCCAACACGCUUUUUUACCUGGGCUACUUGAUGCUGUACACUUUCGUAGUCCUAGUGAAAAUGGAAAACCUUCCUUCUCCUCAAGAAUGGGUGGUCAUCCUUUACAUCUUUACCUCUGCAAUUGAGAAGAUUCGAGAGAUGUUUAUGUCGGAGGCAGGCAAAAUAAGCCAGAAAAUAAAGGUGUGGUUCAGUGACUAUUUCAACGUCUCUGAUUUUCUGGCCAUCGUUACGUUCUUUAUCGGUUUUGGGUUGAGGUUUAGUGAAGGCAGCGCCUUCGUCACAGGGAGAACGGUUUACUGCCUCAACAUCAUCUUCUGGUAUGUCCGACUCCUGGACAUCCUGGCUGUGAACCAGCAGGCCGGACCGUACGUCAUGAUGAUCGCUAAAAUGGUGGCCAACAUGUUUUAUAUCGUAGUUAUAAUGGCUGUUGUCCUACUGAGCUAUGGUGUCCCAAGAAAAGCCAUUCUGUACCCCAACGAGGAGCCCAGCUGGACACUGGCCAAGGAUGUGGUUUUUCAACCAUACUGGAUGAUGUACGGAGAAGUGUAUGCCUAUGAAAUCGAUGUGUGUGCCAAUAACAGCGAAGAAUCAGUACGGGGUCUGUGUUCGGAAACAGUGUGGCUGACGCCCCUCCUGCAAGCAGUCUACCUCUUUGUACAGUAUAUUCUGAUGGUCAACCUCCUUAUUGCCUUCUUUAAUAAUGUAUAUAUCCAAGUGAAGUCCAUUUCCAAUUUGGUGUGGAAGUACCAGCGCUAUCACUUUAUCAUGGCCUACCACGAGAAGCCUGUCCUCCCGCCCCCCUUCAUCCUCCUGUGCCAUAUUUACUCUCUCUUCUGUAUGUGUAGAAAGAGCAAGAAGGAGAGCACCUACGGACCAAAACUGUUUCUCACCGAGGAAGACCAGAAGAAGCUCCAUGAUUUUGAGGAGCAGUGUGUGGAGACGUACUUUCAUGAGAAGGAUGAUCAGUUCCACUCAGGCAACGAGGAGCGUAUUCGUCUUACCUCUGAAAGAGUCGAGACGAUGUGUUUGCAGCUGAAGGAGGUUGGAAACAAGGUGAACUUUAUAAAGCGUUCCUUGCACACAUUGGACUCUCAGAUCGGUCACCUGCAAGACCUUUCUGCUCUGACUGUGGACACCCUAAAGACACUGACGGCUCAGAGGGCGUCUGAGGCCAGUAAGGUCCACACUCAGAUCACCAGGGAGCUCAGCCUGUCUAAGAACGUGGUCCCAAGUGUCGCACAUGUGCCAAUGGACUCUAAAUCGUCAGUAAUAGGCAAACGCAGUGUGGGGGCCUACUUUGGGUCGUCUUUUCCCCAAGCAGGACUCAACAUUGCGGAUUCUCUGUUUGGGAUUGGUGCAGAAGGAGCUGGGAUGGAAAGCCGUCUGAGAUUUGUGCACAGCCAUGGAACUGAGCUGGGGCCGGACCCCGUAACGAAUUCAGCACUAAGUCCAGAGAAAAGGGCCUUAUUCGGUCAAGGACACUUCGCUGCAGAGGCUGGAUCCUCAGGCAGUACAGGCCCCAGUGCCAUGGUCCAAAAUGCUGCGUCGCCUUCCCCUCCAGAGCGCCGUCACCGAGGCCACUCUUUCACCCAGAGUAAGCUGACCCGUCCACAAGAGCUGCGCCUUUCUGACACGCCAUCCAGCCUGCCUAAUGUGCCCUCCCUUGGAGCCCAGUUUAACAUCAGCAGCACCUCUUCUCAGCCCAGUGGCUCCAGCCAUCCCGGAACUGCCCAGGAUGGGCUUCACCAGCACCCCCCCCAGCCAGACAGCACCGCUGUAGAGUUCGGGGCAUUUGUAGGUGAGUACAGAAACGAAGCUAAUUCUGCUGUAGAGGACAAAGAGGACGAGCGCAUUUGUGUUUAUCCUUCAGUUGUCGUUGUUUCUGAAAACUUAAACUCUGCUAAGCCUGCCUGCCUGCUUGCUAGCGCUGUAAAGCCUGAGAACUCAAAGGGGCUGAAAAGGGGGGAGGGGGGCAGGUCUUUGAGUUGGGGCUAUGUAAACGAAGCAUUCAGCGAUGAAGAGGGACGAUCAGGAUCUCCGACUAGAAGGUCUACACCACCAGCUCCAGAGGCUUCACCACCACUAGGUAGCGACCAAAAAAGUAGAGACCCGGCAGCCGGCGCUGCAGCCCCCGCUGUGGUGCCCAAACGACCCCAGGGACGAAAGAGGACGGACUGUGAUCUUCAAGAACUACCGACUUCUGGCUUUGACGGUGGCAGCAUGUCAGAGGGUCGACGUAAUAAGAGGAAAACUGCAAGAAAACUAAAUAUCAGAGGACAUAAAGAAAGUUUGGAUAUGCAGCAUUCUACACCUAAACAGAGCUCCAGCAAACAGCAAAGCCCGACCCAGCAGCUCAGAUCACAGGUUGAAGGUCACGGUCUCCUCAGGGUGGUUAACUCGUAUGCUGGAUUCACAGAGUUUGACAGAACUCCAGCUUUUCUUCAUCCAGACCCCACUCUGACAAAGAAGGACAGGAGUAGAGUUUCAGCUGAGGACAUCCCCAGAGCUGCAGUAUUGGAGAGAGUUCAGGUGAAAUCAGCCCAAGCCAGCUCUCUGAGGCCUCCAGAGGAGGAAACACUAAAUGCUGCUGUUUCUCUAUACACGGCGCGCCACAGCCAUCUGGGACCCAGGAAGGACUCUAUUGGCUCACCGUUCAAACCCAUGGAAAGCUAUCAAUACUCAGCUGUGGAGAGGAACAACUUAAUGAGGCUGUCUCAGAGCAUCCCCUUCACUCCUGUGCCCCCUAGAGGGGAGCCGGUUACAGUGUACCGUCUGGAGGAAAGCUCUCCCAACACCAUCAACAACAGCAUGUCCUCCUGGGCCCAGCGGGGCCUCUGUGCCAAAAUUGAAUUUCUCAGCAAGGAGGAGAUGGGUGGUGGUCUCAGACGAGCUCUGAAGGUCCUCUGUACUUGGUCAGAGUAUGACAUUCUAAAGCCUGGACAUCUCUACAUUGUCAAGUCCUUCCUGCCUGAGGUGGUCCAGACAUGGCAGAGCAUCUACAAAGAGGACACUGUGUUGCAUCUUUGUCUCAGGGAGAUUCAACAACAACGAGCUGCUCAGAAGCUGACAUUUGCCUUCAACCAAAUCAGGCCAAAGACGAUCCCGUACUCACCAAGGUUUUUGGAGGUGUAUUUGCUGUACUGCCACUCAGCUGGCCAGUGGUUUGCUAUAGAAGAGUGUAUCACCGGUGAGUUCAGGAAGUUCAAUAACAACAAUGGGGACGAAAUCGUUCCCACCAACCUCCUGGAGGAAACCAUGCUGGCCUUCAGCCACUGGACCUACGAGUACACCCGUGGAGAACUGCUGGUGCUCGACCUGCAGGGCGUUGGAGAGAUCCUGACCGAUCCAUCUGUUAUUAAAAGUGGGGAGAAAGGAUCAUAUGACAUGAUAUUUGGACCUGCCAACCUCGGAGACGAUGCCAUCAGAAACUUCCGUACUAAACACCACUGCAACUCCUGCUGUCGGAAACUCAAACUUCCAGAUCUAAAGAGGAAUGACUACACACCAGAUAAGGCUACCUUCCCACAGGAUGACUCUCCCAGCUCAGGGGGCGGAGUCAAAGAGUCCCAACAAUCAAUGAAAUUGAUGCUGUGAUCAGUAAAACACUUUGUGGGUGCGUUUGUGUGAAAGGACAUUGCUUUUUUUGUUUUGUUUUUAAUCUAAUUUAAGUAAAGCCAAGGAGCAGGAAGGUGAAGCCACUGAACUGGAAGAAUUGCCGCUGUGUUUCUCAUGCAUGCAGACUGUUGUGUAUUUGUAGGUUCCACCAAAAGGAUAUGGAACAUGUCUGCUUUCUUAAUCUUUUGUUUUUAGACCAGGAGAGGCGAGGAGGGGAAGAGAUUUUUAAAGGCACACCGUGGACUUCUUCCACCUGAAGAGUUGACACAUGUGUUAUUUGAAAUGAUUCCUCGGGCCAAUAUACAGCCAUUGACACGAUCAAUGCUACAAGUAGGGCUCUACUCCUGAAAUGCCGCCUAUGUAAGUUGUGAGAAGAUGCACCGUCGUUGGCCAGGUCAUGUGACCUGGAAGAACGUGUAGCUUUACGGCCACAGGCUCUUAUAUAGUCAUGCAGCUAAGGCUUUAGCUCUACUAUUUUUGUGCCUGCUCGACUACUGGUCACGGCUGAGGCACGGAAAGAGUUUAAACCUGAGGAGGCUAGAAAGAGAAAAUGUGAAAGAGAUCAAGGAAAAACAGGAGUCUGUCUUGGGAAGGAGUUUGUUCGUUGGCGCAGGCUGAAAGAAGAAGCCAGAUG